AUGGCGGAGGCUUUGGUCGGCGUUGGACUCGCCGCAAAUGUGGUACAGUUUCUUGAUAUCGGGAUGCGUUUUGUGUCAACUGCGAGGGAUAUCUAUAGCUAUGGCCAGGGAAUGACCGGGGAGCUCCCUGACCUUCGACUUUCCACCGAGAUUCUUCGGGAAACCUUGGAGCAUCUACACGCAUCAGAGACGAAUGUUGGGCCUAUGUCCGAGGGCGAGGUUGGCCUGAGCAAACUUGCAACACAAUGCCAACGGCUUGCUAUUGAAUUAUUGGGCGGAUUGCAAGAUAUGACUUCGCUUGAGAAUUGUGGCAGGCGGGAUGCAUUGAGAGCAGCGGUGAAGAUGAUGUGGAACGAGGACAAGAUAAAGUCCCUGGUUUCCAGACUGGAUAGCCUCAAACAAGCUCUGAUUGUCCAACUUCUGACUGUGAUACGCUGCUACGCUCGUCAAUCGGUGGAGCAGCAAGAACGCAUUUUCAGCCGGCUGGAAGAUAUCCAAGCGGGCACAAAACGACUUGAAGCGGCUCACGAUCAAGGUGAACCGGGCACAAUUGCCAUUGGGCUUGCUUUCCUACAGUUACUAGGGUCAAAAGUUCCAUUCUCCAGCUUUCAAGGCGAAGAAUGGGAUCUGCAGACUCAACUUGUCACCAAAAUCCUCCAGGAAAAGGGACAGAGCAGCAGUUUUUCUCCGUCGAUAGCAGCAUCCCGAAAAGCUGAUCUUCAAGAUGACAUCCUGACUCGACUACAUUACGCUGGUAUGAAUGAUCGACAAGACAGGAUUGCUGAAGCAUACGAAAGAACUUUCCAAUGGAUACUCGAGGAUGAAAGCUCACAACAAACGCGAUGGUCUAACCUCAAACAGUGGCUGGGUUCAGACUCCAGCCUCUAUUGGAUGACAGGCAAGGCUGGAUCAGGCAAAUCUACACUGAUGAAGUAUCUUUGCCAGCAGCAGGGCCAGGUGGACCUAAAAUCGUCAGUUGCUGUUCAAAAUGAAGACCUUAGGCCCGAGCAUGAAUCACGUUGCGCGAAGCAUUUGAGAAACUGGGCUGGUAGUUCAGAAUUGAUCACUGCUACCUUCUAUUUUUGGAAUUCUGGUACAGAGCUGCAGAUGUCGCAAGAAGGCUUACUACGCUCUCUCCUCUACCAGAUUCUGCAAUUUACUCCAGACUUAAUACCGAUCGUCUCGCCUAGGCAAUGGGAAGCACGAUGCUUGUUCAAUGAUAUCUCACGGAAAUGGACUAUUGAAGAAUUGCAAGAUAUGCUUCGAAAAGCUGCUAAAAUUAUAGGUGCGAGUGCAAAGCUUUGCCUUUUCAUAGAUGGGUUGGAUGAAUUUGAAGGCCCGCAUGACAAACUCGUAAGCCUCUUCAAGGAUCUGAUCAGCAAUCCAGGGGUCAAGAUGUGCGUUUCAAGCCGGCCAUGGGUCGUAUUUGAGGACGCAUUUAGUCAUAAGCCAAGUCUAAUGCUUCAAGAUCUUACUUAUGCCGAUAUUCACCUUUAUGUUACCAAACACUUUGAAGACGACGCCAAUUUCUCUAUGCUUCAAAAGAGAGAGCCUCAAUAUGCGGAUGAAUUGGUCAAGAAUGUCGUUCUCAAAUCUUCGGGUGUCUUUCUAUGGGUCCAUCUCGUUGUCAACUCGCUCCUCGCCGGAAUGAGCUACGGGGAUCGCGUAAUUGACCUUCAAAAGAGGCUCGAUCUGUUGCCUCCUGAACUAGAGAUGCUGUACGACAAGAUUCUCCAGAGCCUAGAUCCCUUUUACUUAGGACAUGCAGCGCAAUUAUUUAGAUUGGUAGAACAGAGCCCUGAGCCCCCGUCAUUGUUGCUGCUCUCAUUUGCUGACGAAGACGACAUGAAGACUGCUAUUGAGAGACCGAUUCAACCCUUGUCUGCUGGCGAAGAAGCUUUGAAGAACGACACGAUGUCUCGCCGGUUGAAAAGUCGCUGUAAAGGGUUUCUUGAAGUCGUUGCUGUUUCGAAGGGAAAUGAUGGUAAGAAGGAAGCCACCGUUCAGUAUUUGCAUGGCUCAGUCAAGGAUUUCAUCGAAAGCGCCAAGGUGAAGCGACAACUUGGUGCUUCCCUAGAGCAAUCCUUCGAUCUGCAUUAUAGACUGUCUAUGGCCUAUCUCUCGCUAUUAAAAAUCAUUGAUAUUGAUAACAAUGGACUUUGUGACGGACCUUUCUGGAGUCGUAUACUACGCUGCCUUUACCACACAGCUCGUAUAAUGCCUAACAACCGCUCAUAUGUUAUUGCAUUGCUUGAUGAGCUUGACAAAACAGCGACGUCCAUUGCCAAGCGUCCCUCAAGAUCUAAGGUGUUGUCGUACGACAUCAAAUGUGUAUCAUUAGAGAGCUGGGUUGCAACAGCUCCUUACACGCUACCGUCGAUCGGCUGCAGCUACCUAUCACUCGUGGUUUUCUACCGCAUUCUCGAUUACCUCGAAGCAAAGGCGCCUACCGGCUGCUUGGUAGAGACCAAAUCAGGUGUCAUGUGGCCACUGUUAGUAGACGCGGUGAGUCCCUGGUAUCCAGAGAUCGACGGAGUCCGUGAAGCAGAGCCCGACGUAGACGUGAUUUCUUGCCUAUUGAAGAAAGGAGCCGAUCCCAACUACCACCCAACAGAAAAUCAGCAUUCGAUGAUGUCUUCAGCAUGGUGUUAUACGUUGCUCCAUAUAGCUGAGCAUUGGGAGAGCCGGCAGUUGAGUUCACCUUGGAGAGAGAUUGCAAAGGUUAUGGUUCAAAGCGGGGCAAAGACCAACAAAGGUGAUCUCCAGAAGUACACAUCGUCGGGUAAGAAAAUAGUAUCACAGAAUGUGCUCUCUGCGUUGCGAGAUGAGCUCUCGAUGAUGGAGCCGCCCUCGAGUCGCCGCCGCCGCUUUUCAUGGAACUCCUGGCCUCGAAAGCAAAAGCUCAUGGCCUCCACAAUCGCAGCUCAACGUGAUCUUGUUUACCGCCAAAAGAACCAUCCGUUGCUCACUGCUGAUGAGCCCGCCACCGUCGCUGUACAAAAUGAAGAAUUCAUCCUCAAACCUCUCAACCACACGAAGGAUGAGCCUACUUCAAGAUCUAGCUAUGUGCAAGCAUUGGCUUUAAUGGAGGAGAUCGGGGAUUGGAAUAAUGUUGUCGCGUUGUUAGAAGGCUUCAAGCAGGCGAAGAGGAAAUUCAAGUUUGGUCUCAAGGAGAAGACUUUGAGAAUGUUAGGGAACCAGGGCCAGCUCGGCAUAAUUACUGAGAUGCUCCGGAGAGUGGAUAAAACAGAGGUGAAUUUGAGCGAGGGGAACAUAGCGCAUGAGGCCAUGACAGGUGCCAUACAGAAAGGGAUCAAGGAAGGAGACUGGGCAGCUGCAGUCAAAUACGCCGAGAUGAUCUGGGAAAUGCUUUGGGAGGAACGACAUUCUACUCACGACUUUUCGAGAAGAACAAAUGCAAAGUACUAUCAGUGGAUGGUGGUCCCGACGGAAAAGGCUACAAAACGACCGGAGAUUGUGGGUGCUAUGGUGCUCGUGCACGCGAUGCAGGGCAACAAGGAAGAAACGGAGAGAUACACAACAGCGCUGAUGAAGACAUGGCAUGUCGUGGAGAAGCUAGUAGACAUGGAAGAUUUGCAGAUGAUAAAGCAUGCUUGGAAUAUGCAACUAUUGGCUUACAGCCCACUUCGCCUUGGCUUGAAGAGAGCCGCUCAUCUACUAUCGUCGAGUGACGAGUCCAAAAGGGCAUUCUUGGAAAAAGCCCAGGUAGAUAUCGACGUUGUGACUAAAAGGUGCCUGCAGCGUCUUAAAAUGGGUGAAUUCAUCGGGCGGGGACGAGGUUCUCAGAUGCAUAAAGAGACGGAGAUGUUGAUGACGGAUGCUGAUCCUGAGACCCUAUGA